ACCACAGUCUGUGGUACGGUCUUCUUGUCAGUAUUCAGGGGAGGGCCCUACGUGCGUCGGGCCGUCUGGGUGGGACAGAGAGAGAGUCCUAGGCAGCAGCACGCAAAUCAUCGCGUCGGGAAACAGUACCGAGUGUGCGGGGCAGCACAAGCCUGCAUCCGAGUGACAGACACGCGCCACUGCUUGGGCACCCCGGCGACAUACAGCGAAAGUUGCACAGCGGGUGUUGAUUUCCCACCCCAUGAGCAAGGGGCUAACAGGUGCAGGCUGCGACGUGGAGCACCGCCACCACCAGGACGAGCGAGGGAGUGCAGCAGCGCCGCUACCGCUAAAGCUAACGCUAACGCUAACGCUCCGGCUAAGGCAGAGGCAGAGGCAGCCGCCAUGGCCUCGUCCCACAUCGCCGAGUACUAUGCGGGGAAGAGUGUGCUGAUCACGGGGGCCACAGGUUUCAUGGGCAAGGUGCUGGUGGAGAAGAUGCUGCGCUCGUGCCCGCGCGUCAGCGCCCUCUACCUGCUGGUGCGGCCCAAGGCAGGCCAGUCCAUGCAGGAGCGCGUCGCCGCCAUGAUGGAGUGCAAGCUGUUUGACCGCGUGCGCGAGGACAACCCGGACUUCCACAGCAAGAUCGUCCCCGUGAGCAGCGAGCUGACGCAGCCAGGCCUGGGCAUCGGCGCCGCCGACGUGGAGCGGCUCACCGCCUGCAUCAACAUCGUCUUCCAUUGCGCCGCCACCAUCCGCUUCGACGAGCCGCUCAAGCACGCCCUGCAGCUGAAUGUGAUUGCCACGCAGCAGCUCCUGAGCCUGGCCCAGCAGAUGCACCACCUCGAGGCCUUCAUCCACAUCUCCACCGCCUAUGCAAACUGCAACCGCCGCCACAUCGACGAGAUCAUCUACCCGCCACCCGUCGAGCCCAAGAAGCUCAUUGACUCCCUCGAGUGGAUGGACGACAGCAUUGUGCGCGACAUCACGCCGCGUCUCAUCGGCGACCGUCCCAACACCUACACCUACACCAAAGCCCUGGCCGAGUGCGUGGUGCAGCAGGAAAGGGGCAAGAUCAACGUGGCCAUCAUCCGGCCCUCCAUUGUGGGCGCCAGCUGGCAGGAGCCCUUCCCGGGCUGGAUCGACAACUUCAACGGGCCCAGCGGCAUCUUCAUCGCGGCAGGAAAGGGCAUCCUCCGGACCAUGAGGGCCAACAACGACGCAGUGGCUGACCUCAUUCCUGUGGAUGUGGUCAUCAAUCUCACGCUCGCUGCCGGAUGGUACACAGCCGUGCAAAAACCCAAAUCCGCCCUGGUGUACAACUGCACGACGGGAGGCAUCAACCCCUUCCACUGGGGAGAGAUCGAGCACCACGUGAUGUCCACCUUCAAGAGGAACCCCCUGGAGCAGGCCUUUAGACGGCCCAACGCCAACAUCACCUCCAACUACCUGAUUAACCAGUACUGGAUCCUGGUCAGCCACAAGUUCCCCGCCCUGCUCUACGACCUCUUCCUCCGCCUGUCGGGUCAGAAGCCUCAGAUGAUGCGGAUCUUCAACCGGUUGCACAAGGCCAUCGGCCUGCUGGAGUACUUCAGCAGCCAGGACUGGGAGUGGAACUCUGAGAACUUGAACAUGCUGAUGAGCCAACUCAGCCCAGGCGACCGGAAGACCUUUAACUUUGAUGUGCGCCAGCUCAACUGGCCUGAGUACAUUGAGAACUACUGCAUUGGCACAAAGAAGUACGUCCUGAAUGAAGACAUGUCGGAGAUCCCUGCCGCACGGCAGCACCUGAGAAAGCUGAGGAACAUCCGCUACACCUUCAACACCGUCCUGCUGGUCUUCAUCUGGCGCGUCUUCAUCGCCCGCUCCCAGAUGGCACGCAACAUCUGGUACUUUGUGGUCAGCCUCUGCUUCAAGUUCCUCUCCUACUUCCGAGCGUCCAGCACGCUCUCCAAAUAACAGCGCAGCCCAAACCUCCAGCACUGCCCCCUGCACAGGGGAUUGUGGGUGCUUCCAGUCAAACUGGGUUUGGUGGAGGACUCUGAAGAAGGGAUUUUUUUUGUCAUCUUUUUUGUCAUCUGCACUUGCGCCGUCCCGCCUCUGAAGUCUUUCUUAAUGAUUCUGCUUAUUUUGUCCCAGCACCUAAAUGUUCUUAAGUCUCAAUCAUUUAAAAAUCAGGAGAUAGUCGUCCUGAAAUUUUAGACCCUCUUUUGUAUUGUCAGCUUUUCCUUACAUUGACAGAUUAUAUAAUUAUAUAUAUGCAACGAGUAACCCCAGUUGUUUGAUAUCAUCCUGUCAUUGUAAUGAAUCCACAUUCAAUGCCUUGCCACUUUGGACACAUUUUUGAAGACUACUUGAAUAAUGACAGUGUUGUUCUGCCGAAGGAUGUUUUGUUUAACCUGAAUCUUGAAACAAAAAGAUGUAAAAGAAACAUUUUAUUGUACUGUACACAGUGUCCUUCUCAGCCUUGUAGGAUAUUGACCUUUGACCUCCCCACGUAUACAUAUAUAUAUAUAUAUAUAAAGAUUGCAGGCCCUUUUUAGGGGCUGCGGUGUACUCCAAGGACAGACAGAACAUUGCAUUCAGUUUCAAUGUUAAAAAAAAAGUGAGAUUAAAAAAAAAAACAGACACUUCUUGAUCAUUGGAGGUGUCCUUAGUAAAACUAAAAGAUGUAUUGUUGGAGUUGUCGCGUUUGUUAAUGUCUUAGUGUUGUCGUAACAAACCACUAUCACUCUUGAUAUCAGUAUGUUUAACAAACACUUGUGGACUUGUUUUAUCGUUUCCACCUUUUGCCUGUUUGUACAGCAGUUUGUACUGAAACUAAGUUUACUACUUUUACAUCUUUCUAAAUGAUGAUCACGUCAAACUAAGGCUCGUCAUGGUAAUAGUUGCCGAUGGAAGUGUAUAAUAUAUAAAUAAAUCUACGGAAUUUGAGAGGUCUGUAAAUAUUGAAAGUUAUAUAUUAUUGUUGUAAUUACAAUAUUACCAAAAAAGAGUUGGGGUGUACAUGGCGGCCUCAUUUUAUGUCAGAAAGCUUCCUUUCUUUUUUGUCUGUUUGUUAAACAAACACAACACAAAUAAUCCAUAAUGUGUCUGAAUGUGGACUGAUAUAUUUGUUUAUUUGGGGGGAUGCUUAAUGAGAAGCAGGGUACCGUAAAUUGUAUUGAUCCAUAUUCCGAGAGCCCCCGACACUCAACCUCCCAACACGGUCGUUCAACAUCCAUCUUUGCCCCGUGUGGGGUGAACCCAGUUUCAAGGCCAGAAGAAGCUCCACCCGAAAUGCCUCCUUGGUAUUCAAUGGUAACAGCUCUACUUGAUAGUAGAGUUGGGUUUGUUUCUAUGUGUGUCUGUGGUUUGUUGAUGACACAGUUAGUUGUUCACUGUUUUUUUUUUUUUUUUUUUUUUAAAUCAUCCAAACUACAUCAUUGACAGUGCAUGAAAGGACACCACAUGAGGUCUGGGCCUGAUAUUUGUACUGUGUAGAGUUGGGGAACACUCAUCUUUUUACGACGGAUUUGUUGCAUUCAUUUCAUUAUUAUUAUUAUUUUUUUUUUUUAAAGACAUCGGUUUUAAGUGUUUAUUCACUGUCUUCGGUUCCCUCUUUGAAGAUGCUUCAUUGAAGUCUGCUUGGAAAAUCGCUAAUAAACUAAAAGAAGUCAAAA